AUGAAUCGAGCAAUUCUUGAAGGCCUCAAGAGGAGAAUCUCGAGCGUGCAUGGGGUUUGGGUGGACGAGCUCCCCAGCGUCCUGUGGGUGAUGCGAACAACUCCGAAAACCACUUCAGGGGAGUCUCCGUUUAACCUGGCGUUCGGGACCGAGGCGGUCCUUCCGCUCGAGAUGGUGUUCCUGAAAUUAUGCACCUCCAACUAUGAGCGAGGGCACUCUGAGGAGGGACUGCGGGCUAACCUGGAUCUCCUUGAGGAGAGAAGAGCUAGGGCACACCUACGUGCCCUGGCAUUCAAGAAGGUGACUGCUCGGAUAUACAACCGGAGGGUCCGUCCACGGCCGAUCUAG